CACGCACGGAAUUGAUUGACAGCAGACGCCACGCCCCUCUCGCGAGUUGCUCAGCUUCCUCUUACUCGCCAGAGACGGCUAAAGCCCGAGCAACUUGGCUGCUGCUGACGCACGGGCAAGUCCACGGAAAGGCUACCUGGAUUGUACAGUGCGCGAGCGACAGUGUGGCGAUGCGGGAUUAGGUGGCCGUUUCUUUCCCCGGGCAGGCAGCGGUGAACCGGGAUUGCAAUUUCAGUCACACGACAUAUUUUUUUUGUUGUUUGUUUGUUUUUUAAAUACUAAUCACUUCUUCUUCAUAUUGCUCUUCACUUUGCAUCAUUUAUCCUCUUCAGAUCUGUGCAAAUGACCGGUUUUCCUGGGAGCGCGCGCGCGCGUGUCACGGAUCCGAAGAGUUGUUGACGUUUGUUGUUUUGUUUCCACUGAUUUUUUUUUUUUUUUUUAACUGGGUACUAUUCCGGUUAUCACGGGAUCCGAGUUGUCUUUCUUGAGAGAAUUAAACAUGGACGUGUUGGCGAAUUACAGUAUCUUUCAGGAACUUCAGCUCGUCCACGACACGGGCUACUUCUCUGCGAUGCCGUCGCUGGAGGAGAACUGGCAGCAGACAUGUCUGGAGCUGGAGCGGUAUCUACAGACAGAGCCCAAGCGACUGUCUGACCUCUUUGAUGAGGAUCUGGACUGCCUGCUGACGCCAGGUUUCAUGAAGGGCGACAGCGAUGAGGACCUGAUGGAUCCACUGCUUCCCAGCCUGUCAGACCAACCCAGUCCGCCACCACUGCUCGUGUCUCUGCCAAAAAACCUUCAUACUCCAGCCAGCGGUAAGACCGUAGAGGCAGGAUUGAAAGAGGGCAACGGGGGCGUCCACCCAGCACAGCUGAGCGCCGUCACGUCACUAACGCCACCCUCCUCACCAGAACUGGGCCGACACCUAAUCAAGCCAACGCAGACCCUUACUGCCACACCUGAUGGCACACUCACGCUCAAGUUGGUGGCAAAGAAGGUGGGGCUGGGUACUGCCAAGUUGGUAGCAACACAGUCAUUGCCUUCACCACCAGCCCGAGGAGCGCAGAGCGACGGAGAAGGUGGUUUGGGAUCCGCAGGAAUCGGCGAUGUCCCAGAGAACAAAAAAAGAGUCCAUCGCUGCCAGUUCAACGGCUGCAGGAAGGUUUACACAAAGAGUUCCCACUUAAAGGCACACCAGAGGACACACACAGGUGAGAAGCCGUACAAAUGCUCCUGGGAAGGCUGUGAGUGGCGCUUUGCCCGCAGCGACGAGCUGACUAGGCACUACCGCAAGCACACCGGCGCCAAGCCCUUCAAGUGUAACCACUGCGACAGGUGUUUCUCCAGGUCUGACCAUUUGGCUCUGCACAUGAAGAGGCACAUCUGAGGAGAGAAGGGAAACGAGAGUGAAGGAGAGGGAGAGAAAGAGGGAGAGAAAGAGAGAGAGAGAGAGAGAGAGAGAGAAGGGGGAGAUGGAAAGAACGUAUAAGGCGAAGUGUUGUGCCCCGUCCAGAGAUGAAGACUCCUGUGGAGACCUCAAAAACCAAGCCUGUAGGAAACGGAGGCUGAUACAAUGAACACACGAGGCAACGAGAUCAUGAGAGCAGAGCUUGCUGGAUUCUUCACUUCUUGACAGUUUUCAAAAUAUAUAUAAAUAUAUAUAAAAUCAUGCCAUUUUCUCAUUUUUUUGAUCAGUUCCAUAGCUCGAGCUCCUAGCUCGGGAUGCAGACACUGCCAAACGAUAGCCGUUUUUUCCCGCACUAUUACUCUUCUUUGUACAGUAAACCAUAAGGAUGGGACAGAAGACCUGUGAACACGGCAUUGCUCACAGAACACAUCACACGUAAACAGAAGACAACAUUUCAGCUCUAGAAAUGUACUUUUGCUCUCAGUUACACAGACAACACCUUCUGGGGGGAAAAAAAUGAAAUAAAAUGACUUCCUUCUUCUUCUACUACUUCUUCUUCUUCUUCCAUCUGCACCAUGGACUCAUAAUAAAAAGUGAACUGCGGUUCACGCCAUGUACAGCAAGCUGCCACUUUGGAGGACAACGUUGCCAAACAUUCUGGACAGUGACCAAUGGAGCUGGUGGCCAAAAGCAAGUCCCUGGAAGGAGCCUCUGCGCUGACCUCCUCUGCUCUUCGCUUCAGAGCGUGCUCCUCUCUUCACGCCUGUCACCUCGCAGGCAUCUGAAACAAUGCGCAGCGACACUUUCUUGCCUUUGUUUUUUUUUUUUUUGUUUUUUUUUUUUAAGACAGUGUUACAAAAAUGAACUGAGAUGUC